CAGUAGAUUUCCCAUUAGCUCCUAGUGUCCAAGCUCUCGAAAUGCAUAUUAUUCCUGAUAAACGUCAAAUUAAAAAAAAUACCCGGUUGCAGACUGCAGACUCGUCGAUUUAAAUGUUCGCGUCAGCCAAUCGCGGGCAUUUAAAUCGAGUUAGAUCAUCGAGCCAAUAAGCGAGCAACCUCACGAACGGAGCAGCGCAUCGCGCGAAGUUGCCGUUGGCCCGUGGCCGCAGGCCCGCAGGCCACUCGAGAGAUGAAUCAUCUCGUCGUCAGCGAUCAAGAGCAGCACCUACACCUCUCCUCCCACUACCUAUACGUGCGGCGCCGAUAGAAAUAUCUAUAUACCGCGCACACGCACAGUCGUUCCUCUCGGCUGCGGCCGCGAGCAUAGUGCCAGGCUAGCACAAACCGACUUGACUCGCAUGAAGCUGUGAUUUGCGUGCAGAGAGAUAUAGCUACCUAUAUACUUUAAUAGGAGCCGUCGCUCUCGACCGAAGCUGCUGAACAAGCGAGAGCUAAAGAGAGAGAGAAGGAAAAGGGAGGAAGAGGAGAGUGUCCGUGUGAGUGUGUGCAGUGCAAUUCAAGUGCAAAAGUCUGUGCCGCAUCCUGCUGCACAUAUGUGCUUUAAAAUAAACGCAGAAUGCGAUGCUCGUGACUGCCUGUGGAAUUUGCCUGAUGCAGGCUGCUGCUGAGAUGUGCCCUGGUCACUGCGCACACCUGCAAGAUGAUGUGCUGCCGAUGCUUGGAUUGCUGCACUAGGAGAUCAAAUUGUUUUAGUAGCCGGCGCAAUGGGCUCCAGAUUGAGGGAAAAUGUGAAGCAGCUAUUUGAGUGCUUUUGCGAGGUAGCACAACCAAAUGGAGAGAAACAAGCAUGGAUACUUCAGAGGUACCCUGAAUCUUACAAUGAUUCAGAGGUACUCAAAUCUGUUCCUAAAUUUGCCUAUCCUUGUGAACUGGAAAAUGUUGUAGUACAGCACUUUUCAUUCGUACUCACCAGCAUAGACUCAAAAUGGACAUUUGGAUUUUGUCGGCACGAUCCAAAGACAGAAACAGCUUUAGUUGUUCUUAGCGCUUUACCAUGGCACGAAACAUUUUAUAAAUUAUUAAAUAAUAUAGCAACCUUAACAGCUAGUAAAAAUGCAGGGGAUUUAUGGAAAUUUCUUGGAGAUGUUUAUGAGGCUACCAUCCCAGUUUCUGGAGCAUCGAUCAGUAUUCCAUUGCCAGACUGCAAGACUACAUUUGUCUGUCAAAGGCCAAAGCAAUUCCAAUUGCCAAGUAUACCGGAGAACAGGAAUCUGACGGAGUAUUUCAGCGCGGUUGAUUCCCAUAACAUGAUGAUGGUUUUUGCUUCCAUGCUGUAUGAAAGGCGCAUUAUAUUCACGUCGAAAAGAUUAUCCAGAUUGAGUGCAUGUGUGCAGGCCUGCAACGCUUUAAUCUACCCAAUGAUCUGGCAACACAUAUACAUACCAGUCUUACCGCUUUCAUUAACGGAUUAUUUAUUAGCGCCUAUGCCAUUUCUAAUCGGGGUACCAUCGCCAAUACUUAAGAGCGUACGGCAGAGCGACUUGGGAGAAGUCGUAAUUCUCGAUGCCGACAAUAGCACGAUCGAAUCUCCCUUUCAAGACUUGGAAUCCUUACCCCAAGAUGUUGUAACGAAUCUGAGGCGAGCGUUGCGCAACCGGCCCGCCCUGCUUGGCGACGGCGUGUCCAGGGCCUUUUUGCGCGCAUUAGUUCAAUUAACGGCAGGCUACCGGGAAGCACUAACCUUGCAACAAGGCCAGAGCGAUGAACACGUGAGGAUCACCUUCGAUCAGGAGGCUUUCGUCGAGAGUCGGCCAAUUUCUAUGCAACCUUUUCUCAGGAAGAUGCUGGAGCUGCAGAUUUUCCAACAGUUUAUCGAAGAGAGGCUACACAUGCUGAAUUCUGGUCUCGGCUUUUCGGACGAGUUCGAAAUGGAAGCUUGCAACUACUCUGAUAAAUCUGGUAGUAAAUUUAUGCAACAAUACAGAGAAUGGACUUACGCCAUGCGCAAAGAAGGUUCGGCCUUUAUUCGUAGUGUAAAAGAUAAGGCGAACCCCGCUGUAAAAUACGCAGUUAAAUCGGUUAAAGAUAAGGGGAAGGAUAUGAAAACAGCGUACAAAGGCCUUAAGUGGAAAGGACGAGCUCCAAGAGGUGACAACAGCAUGCGAUUUCAUCAGCCUAGGUCUGCUCCGAGUUCGCCAACGAUGGAUAGAAGACCAAUAUCUUUUGCUUCCCCCUCUAAAUCCCCAAGUGGCCUCACACCCACGACAAGCUACCGAAAAGAACUUCGGCUUCGUAAUAGUAACGUCGAAACUAGCAGGAAGCAAUACUCGCCCCUGAAUCCGAGCUCGCCGGAGGAUCAGGACUCGCCGCCGGAGCGACUAGACAUCGAUCUGAUGCAUGAGUUACGCGAUGUCAUUUUCCCGAACACGCCGCCGGUGGACCGAAGCUUGAAGCCAGUACGCAGUUUAGACAGCUUGAGACCUGCAUGGAGUGGGCGCUUGCGGCACGGUCCUCCGCCUAAUCCAAGUACCACUCAAAACUCCAGUCCCUACGAACACUACCAAUUGCCCAAACAUUCUACCCCCAAAGCUGUUAUCCCCAAAGAUCCUUACCCUUCACCUCCUGCUUCUCGGACAGCAUCUGUUGAUGCUGCUCAGUUGAAUGACCAAAAAAGUACUAGCUCAAACUCUCUAGAAAUGAAAUCCUCCAAUAGCUCAAAGCUGCGAAAGGACAAAGCUCCACUGAUAGGGCUGUCCUCUGUUCGACCAAACAGUGCUCCCAGUGAAACCAAGUCCUCUGAUGUCUCUCAUGAGUUUGUCAAUCCUACCAAUCCCUUUGUCAGCCAUGGAAAUUUCGAUUUUGAAUCAGUUGAUGGCAGUUCAAAAGUCAAAACUGACUCAGGAAUUGAUGGUAGUAAGGAGGUUGUCAAUAAACUUCGAACAGAAGAUCCAUUUGAACUCUAUUCCAAUCCAAGUACCCUCAAUGAAAUCUAUUCUAAUCAGAGUUUGAGCGAUCCCUUUGACACAAGCCAAGUUCUCAAUCCUUUUGGUUUUCCCAAUCCCCUGUUUCGCACAGAUAACCACAAUUUGCCCAUUGAUUCACCUUCGUCAUUAAAAAAUAUAGAUUCCUGCUCUGCACAUGCUAAGGAUCGUACAUCGGACGUGCAGGACCUCAUUCGACUGGACUCGACGAACAGCGAUGACGACUUUGACCCGCUGCUCUCGAGGCCGUCGACGACUGGUAGCGGUGGCAUUCCCAAACAGAUGAGCCAGUCGCUUCACGCGCCAGAGAUGAGUGAAGGUCUCAGCAAUCCGCUGUACCCGUACUUUGCCCCGCAACAGCGUAAAUCGGAACCUGCGGCUCCUACCCAGUCAAAAGUCGGUGACCUAGACCUGCUGCAGGAAUACGGUCUAGACUUUAACAAGUUUAACUUGUCAAACGGGAGCAGUCACAGUAAUACGACCGCCAACAACGUAGCUUCCUCCUCGAAGCUGCUUCUCAACAGUAGCAAUAGCAACAGCGUCGGUAGUGGCAAGGCAGAGCCAACCUACGGAAAUAGUGGAAAAGCGGCCUUCGGUACGGCCUUCAGUGCCCAGCAGACCGUCAAGUCGCCGAGCAACUGGACCAAGUUCGAGUGAAGAAUUUCCAAGUACACCAGACACUCUAUUCGCGGACUGCGCUAACGUGUUCUUGACUCGCGUCGCGUAUGUAUAUUUAGAUGAUGUGAAUCGCAAUUGAAAGUACGGGGGCAAAGCAGCAUCAGUCGCAGUUGUAGUUUGGAUUUUUUUUUGAGACUGCUCAUUCAUUCUGUAGAAUCUGACCAAUCUUGUAAUCGAAUUGCAUAAUCAAUUUUUAUCUCUUUAGUUAGCGUAGAAACUAUAUUUAUUUAUACAUCAUUAUUAAUAUCUAGCAUUUCCGAUGCAAUACGAUGAAAUCGAUGCAUCCGAUGAAACAUAAUUUAUAACAAUUUAAUAAUGAAAAGUAACGUAGGGGUAUUUCAAUUUAGUUAGCUUGGGCACAGGGUUAACUAGGUUAUUGAAUUGUGACUUAUGCUGACUUGUCUUUUAGUUAGAAGGUUAACUCAACUAAACAUUCAAUACCAAAAAUAAGUUUUAUCUGCUCAGUAGUACUUUUCUAAGACGGAAACGAAAUCAUUAUGAACAAUCAUAUCUACAAUACUUUUAUAAAGAAAAUUAGAACUCUAAAGAGUUGUUUAGUAGCUGGAGAAUAUUAAUGAUGAAAUCGUUUAAUAUUUAGAAAGUAUUACUUUGUCGAUGAAAAUAGUUGCGUUUCGCAUCACACAUAAUAUUUUUAAUGUACUUUCGAAGGCUAAUAACAAUAGAUCAAUUGUUAGCAAAAAAUAAAUUGAUCCUCUAUUAAUACCGAUUAAUAUCCUGUGCAUAUUAAUCGGUAACAAGUAUGUAAAAUUUAUCGACUAAUUAUUCAUCAAUUCUAUUUGAGUAGAUCUCGUUGAAAAAAGAGAAAAGGUAAUUAGUCAAUUCUUCUUCAAUUAGAUUUUUAAAUCGGGAAGUCGUAUCGACGUUUUCUAAGUCAAAUUACAAUAUCGUGUACCGUAAAUUUUGAUUUAACUCAUCGAACGAAUGAAAGGAAACGUAUGUAUCGAAUGAAUUUGCAUGGCUUUACAUGCACUGUCAGCGUUUUGUUAUGGCUAGCGAGAAAAAAAGGGAUGCCGUUUACAACAUUUUUGGCUUAUAUUUGAUAGUAAAAGAUGAAAUAAUAAACGAAGGUAGUUCUGUUGUUGAUAUUUUGUUGAUGCUAUGAAUAGAACAUAAGCAGCUUUCAAUCUUUCAUCUAUCAACCGUUCAAACUGUUUGCUUUAUGUUAAAUUAAUAGGAAUGGUUAUGUUAUCAAUUCAUAUUGUUAUGUUGGUAGAAAUCACUGGUGAUAAAAAAGCAUAUCUCAUAAAAACAAAUCAAACAUCGACGUAAGGCUAAAGAAAGCUGCUCUUUCUCUUUCAAUGGUAAAUUCCAGCUUACUAAUUUGGAGAUUUUUGUGAUAAAGCAAAUAUACUAUCUCUGUCCAUUUAAUCGAUGCUAAGUGUGCGAAAUAUACAGAGCGAUUUAUUUUGUAAAAGCAAAAGAUUUUAACGAACGAAGUCAAUCACUUUAUAGCAUGCCUGAUAUGUCUUAUUUUGGGUACAACGAAUAGCCGGUCCGAUAAAAUGACUGAAUAUUUGCAUUGAUAGAGUUAAAUUUUACUAUUCAUUAAAAUAUUACUGGGCAUUAAAAAUUAUCGAAAAUUGAAUAUUAGAUCUAUAAUUUACAAUUGUAUAAGUGUAAAAAUUUUUUGUUUGUUCUGAUUUGAGUAAUUUACUUAUAAGUUAAUUUUGUCUUCUGUUUUCCAGCAAUGUGUGGUUUUUUAAAGUUUUUGAAGCAUUUAUUGUGAUAGUUAUGUUUGUUAUGAAAUUACGAUUUACGAGACACGCGUUAUUAUAGUAAAUAGUCUUUCAUUGCGAGUUUGCCCAAUUUUUUAGGUUGCGUAGGUGUAAGCUCGAUGCGAAUUUUCGACAGAAGAAAAGCUGUAUUUUAAGAAACUAUGUAAUAAUAAUAUUAGCUCAAUUGGAACCCAAACAGCACAAGUUCCUGCACAAGUCUAGUGAAUUCACGAUUGAAUGAGACAUAUCAUACUCUGUAAAUUCGAGAUUUCUAUAAUCAAUUAUUUCAUGAAAAAAAAAAUAUUAGAGGCAUAAUAUUACUCAUCGAUCAACAAAGAGAAAAUUCAAGGUGGCGAUUGUGUUCUUCCUUUUUGUAAAUAACAAUGAGAAUGAAAGAAUGAUCAUUCCGAAAGUAAAACUAGACUAUAUAUUAUAUUUAUAUAUAUAUCAUGAUGCACUUUUUUCAGAAGCAUUGAUUUUUAUAUUUCAUAAAUAGAGUCGCGCUAGCCCGCAACCAUGGACAAUAUAUUUACUUGAAUUGAAUUUUUUAAUUUAGUAUCGUUACCAGUUAUUCGUCAGCUUACCGGCAAAAGUCUACAGAGCGAUUAUUUUGAAUGAGAAACAGUAGGACAUUAGAGUACUCAGAUCUUUGAAAGUUACAUGCGCCAAAACUCGAGUAUCGAAAGCUCCAUUUUACGUAUCAUGUUUCUUCUUCGUUUUGAGCAUACGUUAUAUAGGGAAUGUGUAAUAUAUUUGUUAAAGUAUAUCUUUCUAUAGAUAUACAUCUAUUAUAUACAUAUACAUAAAUUGGCACAAAUAAAUUUAACAUGAAACAUUCGCACAUCUCUCUUACUUCACCAUUUGUGACGGAACACCUGAUGUAGGAAGAAAAAAACAGACGUCUUCCAAAAAUCCAAUUUUUAUUAAUAAAUAAAGAAAUCAA